AUGAUUGAACCCAAAUCCAACGGCUCGGACACAGAAGCGCAGUCAAGGAGACUCCCUUCGAAGGCAAAGGUCUGUGAAAAUCCUACCAAGGAUGAGACACGGCAUGCCCUGGAGCGCGCCAUAAGAUAUCUGGAGCAUCAGCCUAAUGGCGUCGCUGCCGAUGAGUAUCGAAUUGUCGAGGGAAUCAUGAAGGGCCUACAGUAG